AUGGACAGUCCAAAGAAAUUGCAUAUGCUUGCAGCCAAGAGGGUGUUGAGGUACGUUAGAGGCACUACAGACUUUGGGAUAUUAUUUCCAAUUGGAAGUAAUAAGAAUGAUGUAGGAGACUUGAAACUUGUUGGCUUCACGGAUUCAAACCAUGGUGGUGAUUGUGUUGAGAGGAAAAGUACAUCAGGUUAUAUAUUCAUGCUAAAUGGUUCACCCAUUUCAUGGUGUUCCAAGAAGCAGCCAGUGGUGGCGCUAUCCAAUUAUGAAGCGGAAUACAUAGCACAUAGUUAUGCAGCAUGUCAAGGGGUAUGA